AUGGACUCUGGCGGAGUCAGGAGGAAGGAUACAACCAAAGGCCCUCCUCUUCGAGUUCUAUCGCUCGAUGGAGGAGGCGUCCGAGGUUAUUCUAUCUUCAUUAUUAUUCAAGAGCUUAUGCAUCGAACCUUUGUCGAAAUCGAGGGCCGCGCUCCUAAGCGACACGAAAUUCCCAAGCCAUGCGACCACUUCGAUCUAAUUGUUGGUACUGGUACGGGAGGCCUGAUUGCCCUCAUGUUGGGCCGACUUCGCCUUGAUCUCGAGACUUGCAAAGAGCUCUACGUUCGAAUGACGCGCACCGUUUUUCAAACCGACAAGACUAUCGCUGGAAUCCCAUACCGAUCGACCUUGUUCAAGGCUAGCAAACUUGAAGAGGCCAUCAAGACAGCUGUUCAGGAACAUACCGUCAAGGAGAAAGAAGGCAACGACAGUGCCGAGUCUCCUCUGACCAACCCCCUCAACGCUGCCUCUUACUCCAGCGCUGGCCUUCCUCGUCGAAAUCAGAGCAAUGCAAGCACCGUUAGCUUUAGCGCUCGCAGUCCCGCUGCGCAGAUGGCGCAUCGGCCCGCGUACAACUCAAGAUACGGCGACCCCAACGCUCGUCUAUAUGACCACAGAGAAAAUCGCACCAAAACCGCGGUCACGGCAGUAUACAAGGGGUCUCCUCGAGGCACCCCCGCAGUUCUUCUACGAUCCUACGACUCCCGAAAAGAACCCCCGCCUGAGUUUGACUGCAAAAUUUGGCAAGCUGGCCGAGCCACUUGUUCCAUUGGACUUGCUUUCAAGCCCAUCACCAUCGGACAAUCGGUUUUUCAUGACGAUGGCGUGGGCACUUUUAACCCCAGUCCAGAAGCCCUGGACGAAGCGGUGGUCAACGAGUGGCCUGGUCGUGAAGUGGGUGUCUUUGUUAGUGUCGGUACUGGCAGACGGCCCAAGAACACAGAUUCGAAUUCGCAGAUGUGGUACGAAGGCUUCUUGGGCGAGUUUGCUGAGGCGCGUAGGAAGUUGAUCUCUAAAAUCGAAGGCUGCGAGAAGAUCCAUGAGUACAUGAUGCGUGAACACCUGGGAAAGCGAAACGUCAGUAUCGAUGCCUACUACCGUCUUAACGUGGAAGUGGGUGUGGGCGAGUUUGGCAUGAACGAAUGGCACCGACUUGGCGAAAUCAGCACGGGUACUCGCAGAUAUAUGUCAAGAGAAGCCGAGCAGAGGAUGAUUCAAGGUAUUUCGUCAAAGCUUGGCAGGAUCCAUCGCUCCAGAAUUCGUCACGCACGAGCUCCCGAAGGCAUCCCAGAGAUUGUCAAGUCGACAUCAAGUACGUGGGAGAUGCCCAUGGCGUUUGAGCUUCCUGGAGAUAUACCAACGUCUGUACCUCUCCCUCAUAGCCCUGGAAGCCGGUCAUCGUUUGAGUCGGGCUCAGAUAACUUACACUUGCCUCACAACGGCUCGCCUCGAAGCUCCUAUGAGCGUAUACACCCCGACGGUUCAACCCCCAAAUCACCUCCUCUAGGACCUCGUAGUCCCAGCGCCAGUGCUCCUGCUUUGUACCCAGAGGAUCACUUGACUGUACAGUCACCCACGCCAGCGCAGUACCAUAACCACGUCAAUGGGCAGGAUUUGAUUGCCAUUGUCAGUCCAGACGAAUACCCCAGACCGGCUCCAAACGUGGCCUCUCCACCACCCACUCGGAUCGAACCUCCCCCCCUACCACCCAAGACGCCUCUCCCAGAGAGCCAGCAACAUGGCGGUCGGAGAAUGCCGACGGUUCCGCCCCCAUACCCUGUGGACGAUGAUGAGCCCCCACCGGUAAACAUGGCUCGAAAGCCCGACUAUAGAGGAAGAUGA